AUGACGUCCCACGAUGUCCGCGAUAUGCUGGAUCUCCCACAGGAAGGCGCUGCGAGACCCAUCAAGAAACAAAAGGUCGCUGCCCCGCGCCCGGUUCUCAAGGGACUUGCGCGUGAGGUCCAGAAUCUGAGUGGUGACAAUCCGAUCGCGAUUGUGCCGGAAGGUUCGAUAUUCAAAAAGAGACGAUUUGCGAGUCGGAAACCGGCUGCGAAGUGGGAAUUGAGACCUUUUAGGAAUUCGGCGAGGAGUGACGAUUCGUUGAUUCUGAGGCAUUGGAGGAGGCUGGAUGAGAAGAGGAAACUGCCCCCACAACCUGCGGGAGAGAACAGAGAUAGUGCGACGCAGACGAUGGAGGGGGUGGUGGGAGGGGAGGAGCAGAUGGAGGACUCGGGGUUUGCGAAGUUUAAUGUUCAGGUUGAACUUUUUGAUUACUCGCCGGAGGAAUACGAAUCGCGGCUUCGAUCUGAGGACUGGACUAAAGACGAGACGGAUUAUCUCAUGAAGAUGGUUUCACAAUUCGAUUUGCGAUGGCCGAUUAUAUGGGAUCGAUAUGAAUAUGAACCGCCUAUUCCAGAACAAGCUCCCAGCGAAGCAGAUGGCAAUGCGAGAGCGAUUAUUGUUGCGCCCAAGACACGAUCGAUGGAGGACUUGAAAGCGAGAUAUUAUGCUGUUACGGCUACGAUGAUGGUGAUUCGGAAACCACCUAUCAAGAUGAAUAGCGCCGAGUUCAGUCUUCACGAAGUGAUGUUGAAUUUCAACCCCGAGCAGGAGAAAGCCAGGAAGAUCUUUGCAGAGAACUCAUUCCUACGAACGAAAGAGGAGGCAAGAGAAGAAGAAAGUUUACUUCUUGAAUUAAAACGAAUCAACGCCCGAUCGGAGAGGUUUAGCGAUGAGAGACGAGAAUUAUACGCCCGCCUAGAUGCUCCAUCAAGUUCCAGCCAUACCAACAACUUCACCAGUAGUGUAGGACUUGGUCAAUUAUUACAACAACUCAUGUCUAUGGAUAAAUCCAAGAAACAGCGAAAAUCCAUCAUGGGCGGCGAGGGAAUCAGUCCUGCAGGUCCUAGUGGUCCAACCCAACAGAAUCCCGAUCACAGAAGAGAAAGUUCCGCUCGAGAAUCCAUCAGUGGACCUUCAGCUCCAAAUAACAAGAAAGGUCCUCCCAACCCAGCUGAGCGACGUCAACUCUCCAAGGAGGAAGAAGAGAUGUAUGGUGUUUCUCGUCAUGAGAGAAUCGGAACCAGUGGACCUGCCUUCCGUCAAGAGAAGAUCUUCAAACCUCUCCUGGCGAAAUCCAUGAAUCAACAAAAGAUCAUCAAUAACGUGCUCACGGAAUUGGAGAUCCCUCCUCGACUCAUCAUGCCGACUGCCGAUGUGGGAGAGUCGUAUGAUGGCCUGUUGACGAGUAUCAAUAACCUUCUGGAUUGUAGGAAGGUGGCUGAUAAGUUGACGGCUGAGAUUAAUAUCGCGAGGGCGCAGAAGGCGGAGCGGGAGAGGUUGGCGAGGGAGAGUGAGAAUGCGGGGGAGGGUGGUGAUGUGGGUGCGGGUGCGGAGACGGUGGUUGGUACGGGAGGCAAGGGGAAUAGUGGUGCGCCUGGGAGUGUGAAUGGGACUACAACUACGACUACGACUGGACCUGGACCUACCAAUUCAGAGCCUAGGAACGAAGAGAAAGCGGGGAGUCCGACGGCUAGUGUGAAGGGGGUUGCGCAUAAGAGGAGUGCGAGUGUGAUGAGUGCGGUUAGUGAUAAGAGUGCGAAGAGGCAGAAGAAAUAG